AAAACCUCGAAAAAUCCGGCUCUCUCAUCUCCAAUCAUUACUUGCCGUCCCUCCCCUGUAUCUGUACGCUCACCGCCACCAUCGCGGUGACCGUAACUCCCUCUCCCUCCCCUGACCGCCUCCCGGCCGCCCGGGAGAAACGCUAGCUCGUCUCGCACUAAAAUUAGCAGCCAUGGCUUGUUAUCAGGUCGCCAGAACCGGCCUCUCGCCGGCCCUCGGUCUUCGGACCGGCUUCCCGCCCCGCCGCCUCGCCGGCCGCGGCGGCCUCCCCGUCCGAUGCCGCCUCCAGGAGAGCAACAGCGAUUCCAAUGGGGAGGAGCCGCCGGAGUCGCUGUUCAUGAAGGAGCUGAGGAGGAGAGGGAUUACACCGACGUCGUUGUUGGAGGAGAGAAAUAGGGGAUCUUCGUAUGAAUUCGGAGAGAAGGAGAUGAAGGUGAAGGAGGAGAGUGACGGUGGGAGGGGCAGGGGCCAGAUGAAUAGGAAUGGGGUGGCUUCGGUGGAGGUCGAGAAGGGGAUAUCGGACCAGAGAAAGCGUUCCAUGGCGUUGAACAGUGAGGGCCUCGAGGGUUUGGUUCCGAGGGCAAAACUGCUUCUAACUAUUGGUGGCACAUUCUUUUUGGGCUUUUGGCCUCUGAUUUCGAUUACUGUUGCAUUUUUUGCAGCACUUUACUUUUACUUUGGGCCAAGUUUUGUGCAUGAUGCCAGUAAGAUGCCAGUAUCGCCACCGCCGUAUGUAGAUCCAUACACACUUCUGGAAGAUGAAAGGCUAUCUCAAGUGGUUCCGCGUGUGAACUGAAAGUGCGUGUAUAUUCCAAAUGAAAUUCCAAAAUGUUAAAAAAAAUUCUCUAUUAUGCUUGUAAUAUUCUUCCACUCCUUAUCAAUCUGAAUUUGAGCUGUAGACUGAUUAUUUGGAACUUCUCAAUAUCAUUGUUCGUAAUGUUUCUCACAAGUA